AUGACGUCGAACGAUGUGCGAGACAUUUUCUCGCUUCCUGAGAGGUCCGGCUCUCGACCUUCGUCCUCAGCGCAGGCAUCCGGCUCCUCAUCCCGCAAUCGCAAGUCGUCCAGCUCUCACAACAGCAACCCUCAUCCUUCCUCAGUUGCAGCGGCGUCACGGCAAAAACCGAAGUACGAUGGCAUGACUCGUGAGCUCUUCGCCCUGCUUGGCGACAACGCGCCUACUCUCGCCAUGGCACAGGGCCUUGACGCCGAAGGAAAACACGGACUCGGCGUUGGAGGUCUCUUCAAACCCAAGUUCAAGAAGAGAAAGGAGAAGGCCAAACAAUGGAGAUGGACGCCGUUCCUCAAUUCGGCACGCGAUGACACCCAUAUCGACUAUGACACACCAGAGAUCAACACUGGUCUAGUAUUGUACCACUGGGCACCAACACAGUCUUCAGCAGAAGGCUCUACUUCAGCAAAUUCAGAUUUGGAAACAAAGUAUCAGUAUGCAGAUUUCAACACCAACUCUGGCGUCUACAGCUACUCAAAUGACGAGUACAUCCAGCAUCUGCGCGAUGACGACUGGACGAAAGAAGAAACCGACUACUUGAUGGAUCUUUGUGCCGCCUACGACCUCCGCUUUGUUGUCAUCCACGAUCGUUACGACUGGGCAUCUGCACAAUCAUCAUAUCUCGCUGGCACGACCUCAGCUGCUUCCACAACGGUCAAAGAGCGUAGCAUGGAGGAUCUUAAGGCACGCUACUAUUCCAUUUGUCGUCGACUCAUUCGCUCGCGCAUCUCGAGUGAUGAUGUCGAAACACGGCAAAUGCUGCUCAGCACCUACGCCUUCGACAAGCAGCGUGAGAUUGAACGCAAGAAGGCCGUAGUGCGCCUCUACACCCGCACACCAGAGCAAUUGGCAGAAGAAGAGGCGCUAUACGUCGAGAUUCGACGUAUCGAACAGAACGAGGCCAAAUACGCAUCAGAACGCGAAGAAUUGCUGCGGCUUCUGGGCGGAUGGGAGAGUUUACCCAGCUCAAGCCCACAUGCUGUGGCAGCAGCUGGUUCGGGUAUUGCGAGCUUGCUGGGUGCCGACGAUGACCAAACGGCCAAAGGUCGAGCUAGUAGCACCAAGAAGCGCAAGUUGCAACAGAUCGAAGAUGGCGGUACCCCCGGUGCUGAGGAUGCAGCUAGCUCGACUGGCGCUGUACCGACAAACGCACGUCCUUCGGCGAAUCUCACCUCGAAACAGCGUGCCGAGUUGCGGCAGGCGCAAUUCGACGAGAUGCAAUGCAUCACACGCUUCGCAUCCAACGUCUCUGCUGCUUCAACAGAUCCAGUCAUGGGUGCCGUCACAGGUGCUACAGCAGCGGCUGCCACAGCAACCGGCUCCACCCGUCCACCGUACGCUCACCUUGUCGGCACAGCCUCAACUUUACCGCCUGUCACCACAAACCCUUCGAACCCCUCUUCAGGACACGGCGUCUACCUUCGUUCAUCACGCAUGCUCGCACCGCGACCCAACUUGGUCCUCAAGACAACCCAGAUGCUUGCCGAGUCAGAACCACCCGUUGGACCACGUCUCAUCUUCCCCACCAGCAAGAAUGUUGAGAAGUGGGAAAACCUGAUUGGUGCCGUAACGACGAGUUUGGAGUUGAGAAAGCAAUUGGAGAGGGUCAAUGCCGAACUGAGGAUUACGAAACAGCGCAUUGCUGCGGCUAUGAAUAGUCCGAAUAAGGGCGCGGGCGAGCGUUAUGGUUCGGUCGCAGCGGUGGAAGGUGAUGCGUCGAGUACAGCGCAAAACGCUAGCGCAGCAGACUCUUCAACGAUGACGCAGGAUGCAAGCAACGGCGCAUCCACUUCGGUCAAGACAGAGGAGCGAUCAUAG